GUCUUCGUAUUCUUCGUUGUUCGCUUUCAACGGUUUUUAGCUGCGAAAGUUUUGAGUAUCAGAUUUUAAGUUUUAAUUCAGUUAUUAAAAUUUAUCAUUAAAUUUUGAGCUUGAACCAGUGAAAUAUAAGACUGAAACUAUGCCUCGCCAUAUUCGUCCACCUCAGCGAUAUGUGCCGGGCGGUAAAGUGCAUACAUUAAGAUCCGGAAUGGCAGAGUCAUCAAAACCAGUACCCAAGCCAGCACCGCCAUCGACCAAGACCGCCAAGGCACCAAAAUCAGCCCCCAAGCGAGCAGUGCCACAACCACCAACCAAAGCGGCUGAAUUACAAAAACCAGCGCCCAAAGCAAAGCAGCAAGAAAUCAAUGUAGCAGAACAUAAGAGACGAUCUCGUUCCGAGACACGGACAUCCAGCGAACCCAGUGCUCGCACACGACAAUCAUCCGAAGAACCACAGCGCGUUUACGAAAGCCAAAAUAUCAAAGUGUUGCGGGAUAUUCACCAUCUGCAGUCCACCACACAGUUGCUGAUCCCGAAAUUGUCCUUUGCCAGGGUAAUCAGAGAGGUACUGAUGCAGUACUCGCAUCGGGACUUCCGUAUCACCGCGGAAUGCUUGAUGGCUAUGCAAGAGGCGGCCGAGAUCUACAUGGUGCAGGUGUAUGAGGAUUCGUACCGCUGCUGCUUACACCGGGAUCGGGUAACGCUCGGAGUGCAGGACAUGAAACUGGCCCUUUAUCUGCGGGAACGAUGGAACUCGUAGGUUUGUAUGCGAUGAGGGAACUACUUUACGGAACUAAGUUUAAGAUAGUGAGAUGGUGUACUUUUUUCUACACUUUACCGGAGUUUUAUUUUGCUUCUUAUUGUGUGACCAAUUUUGACUGCCAAUAAAUUUUGGAAUAACGACGGAGGUCAGUACCGAUCUCGGAGUA